AUGAGCAAAUUCAUCGACUUUAGACAACACUUUGCAAAAGAGAUUAAGGCAAUGUCGGACUCCCCAAUUAAGCCAAUCAAUAACUUGUUGUUUUCAAAACACAUUGUGGUGGACCACAGUUCUAUUCGAUCAAGAGAACACUCCUUUGCAAUGGCCUCAAUUUCUACAUACCCAAUUAUAGAAGGAGUUCAACAAGGAGAACCAAAUUGUGAUAAAGUAGGGAUCGUCAGGUUUACAAAUGCAACGCUUAUUGCUCUUGGAGAUGGCUGCGGGUGGGGAACUAAAUCAUCGAUUGCAGCUCGUCAAGCUGUUUACACGUCGCUUGACACUAUAAUUGAAAAAUCGCAGUCUUUAACCACUGUGAAGUCUGUUGCAGAGUUAUUGGUCGACAUUGCUGAGUUGGCACAGCAAUCGAUUUUCAAAACGCGAAUAAGUUCACAAGAAGGAGUUGGAACAACAACGUUGACACUUUCAUUCACCUUCUCAACACUCAAAGACAAAAUCAAAACAGUUGCUUUAUGUAUUGGCGAUUCAAAACUGUAUCAUUACAAUUCAAAGAAUAAAACCGUCAAAUCGUGCUUUGGAGAGCGACACAAGACUGUCGACAAGACAUCAGUGUGUUUGUCAUGCUUGGGAGACGCGGGUGGAGGACUUCCCGCAUUACGAGGAAGUGGGUUGUUGUGUUUUGAUGUCCAAGAGAACGACUGUUUAAUUGCAGCGACUGAUGGAAUGUAUGACAAUUUUGAACCGUCGAUUAUAAUGCAGAAGAUGCAUGCAAAGGACGCACUUAACAAGAUUUUGGGUCAACGAAUUCAACAAUGUGCCAAUUUGUGUUUGUGUGUUGAGAGUCUGUGCAAUUAUGUGAUCGAAGUCACUGAGAAAACAAGGCAAUUUCAUCAAAACAAUCCACGACAAAGACGACCAGAUGGUCUUCCUGGUAAAUUAGACCACACUACAAUUGCUCUCGUUUGUGUUGAAAAGGUGAAUAAAGACGUGGGGCUUGUCGACCGAUAUGAACCGCCUCAAUUCAAGACUUUGGUGCCACAAACACAAAUCAGCAGAGUUUUGCAUUCAAAGAGUUUUGGAGAAAAAGACCGAGUGACUGUUGUUCCAGUAAAACAAGUUGGGCGAUUGACUCCAGUUGAAUGCGAAGGAACUUUGUCGCCACCUAAACCACAUGAAAGAGGUAGUAGUGGAGACUCGACUAAAGAAUCACUCUUUACACUUAUUAAACACAAAGUUGGGACUUUCACUCCACCGAAAAGAACUCCUUGCAUUACUUCAACUUCUGUAACUCCUCGAAUGUACAGAGAGAAUAUUUCUGAUGCGAAUUAA